ACCAAAGCGAGAAAAUUUCGUAAUAUCCUGUUAUUAAGUUAUUAUUCGCAGAUCAUUAUUGUUAUAAACGUGAAAUCGUCGGGGGUAUGUCGCAUUGACGUCAUCUGGUUGAAGUCACGUGGAAGCUGUUCACGUCAUUUUCAGCCAUCGAAUCGAAUCCCUUUUUAUAUAAGUUUUUUUUUUCUCGGUCUCACGAGAAAAUGUGAUUUAAACGAAUACAAGGAAGCUGUACCGAGAGACUGAUACGAGAGGUUAAAGGUCAAGCCGUUCUAAGAACAUUAUUAGGGGUGAAAAGCGUGUAAAAAUUCGCCACUCGAAUCGUUACCUCAAGGUCGAAUUUUUAUGCUAAUUUAUUUUAAAAAAAUUAAAUUAAGUACGAUAAUAAUAGACGAUAAAAAGCGAAAAUGGCGAAAAGAGGAACGUUCCGUGGGUCAAAAAUGUAUAUUUGGUGCAAACAAGCCUCUUUGUAUGGUCACAUUCCUUCCCACAAUUCAGUUGUAGGCCAAACGGGCAACUGGAAGAAUGUGAGUCAGCCCCAUUGUUAGCGAAGAGAAGUUCUUCCCUCGUCUAACCUUGACUACCCCCGCCCUAUUCCUGGUGCAGGGGAACGUGCUGACGUCAUGCCGGGGACCGUGAGAAAAGGGCUGUGGUAUGUCGUGUGCCGGGGACAAUGCAGCCACGUGGAGGGACCCGAUAGCUCUCAAUUACCUUGGUUCAGCCAUGCAGUACACCGUGAAAAGCAGUCAGGCAAACCGGGGUCACAGCUUUGACACUUUCUCACGACUCCGGCUCCGUCUGUUGCCCAAUGACUGUACACACCUUCUGUGCAGAUGACGCUCGUCUGCCUUGGAAUUUUUAACUGAUGGAACUCGCUAACAGAUGUUGCACAUCCACCUUUUUUUUAUAUAUACAUUUAUACACUAAACGGUGAAGAAGUUACGCUGUAAACACCGAAUUCGUCAUCUGCCCUUUGCAAUCGGCUUUAAAAUACCAUUAUAACUACGGAAACUCGCGCUCUUUCCGGACGUUGUCUUCACGCAAAAGUCGAAUUUUUAUUUAAAAAAAAAAAUACGUUUUUAAAGUAGAAUAAUCCAAGUGUUUGUGGUGGCAUGCAAAAUGGCGAAAGUAGAAAUUGGUAUAUAAAAAAAGAAUGCUGCCACAAUUUACGAACAGAUGUAACAACAUCUCAGGAAGUGUGUGCAGAAGUUUAAAAAAUAGGCAAAGGGGGUAGCAGCGCCCGUGUCCAUACGCGUGCCAAGUAGAAUAAGGAGCUUUGUGACAAACUGGUUCCCAGCCAACUGUGUGUUGUUUACAUAUGAUAUCCCUCGUAUGUCGAAGGAGGAGGAGUCUUCCCACGUUCCUUCUCUACUGAUAAAAACUUCUGGCACGUGCACAGACGGCGGCAGAUGUCUUGGCGGGCAACCACUAACCAAUCAGACGUCGCAUGACGCGAGCCGACAAAAUCACACACAUCAACAGAACAAGGGUGGAAGGCUGUGAUUGGCUACAGGACGUGGAUCUGACCGUGGGAACAGCUCGGACGGUGUUAUCUCAGGCUUGCCGCAGCAGUACGCCUGGAUGACCUGGUCGACCAUAAAACUUGCCACCACCGGCAUUUUCCCACAGUUUGUGUUGGCACGCGUUCGACUCACGUCUCUGCUAUCUACUCUUACUCACGUGCGGAACUUCUACACUAUAGCUAUGCCAGCCGAGAAGGUUGCAACCAAAUCUAGCGAAACUCGCCGAAGUACCAAACCCAUUAUGGAGAAGCGUAGAAGGGCGAGGAUUAAUAAUAGUUUAACCGAAUUGAAGAAUCUGAUCUUGGAUGCUCUGAAGAAAGAUAAUGCUCGACACUCGAAAUUAGAAAAGGCUGAUAUUUUAGAAAUGACGGUUAAACAUUUACGUAACUUACAACGUCACCAAAUAACAACAGCCGUAAUGGCCGACCCCAACGCAAUUGGAAAAUAUAGAUCAGGUUUUAACGAAUGCGCUAAUGAAGUAAACCGUUAUCUGAACCAAGUGGAAGGAGUGGACACGGCGGUCAAACAAAGGCUUUUGAACCAUCUCGCAAAUUGCCUGACCAGUUUGCAUUCUCCUCCACAAUCUCCUACCAACUACCCCCUGAAACCCAUCCACGUACAAGUACCCGAUUCGCCUCUUCACACCAAAGUUUUCGAAGGAGUUCACCUCUUGCCCACCAGAUUAUCGACAGGAGAAUUAGCAUUCCUGGUACCACAGUCGCAGAUAGACUUGUACAAUCCUGCAACAGUUCCUAUCAGUCCUGCAACGUCUACAAGUCCCGUAACAGUAUUGGGUUCCGGUAUCCUAAGCCCCGCUUCCAGCGAUAGAUCGAGUCCAGUAUCGCUUACACUAUCCAGUCCAUCAUACGAAUCCGUUUCUCCUGUUCCCAACGUUAAAGUGCCUACAAAUCGGGUAUGGAGACCGUGGUGAACGGUUUUUCUAUGUGUAAAUAAACUCUACCUCCGAAGAUUAUCUGUGAUAUUACAAACAAACAAACAAAAAAUUCCGGUUUGACCAAAAUGUGCCUUACAAGAAUUUGAAAAUAAUUUAUUUUUACAUAUGUACAUAAUCAUUUGUAAUCAUUAAAAAGAAAAGAAUUUUUAAAAUUUUAAA